AGACGAGAGGGAUUAAGAUUAUUAUUUUCUCGGAUAUUUAUUUAUACUCAAAGAGGCACUUCUCUGUUUUUUUAUUGUUCGAGUUUCUGAGGAUUACUUUUGAUCUCUGGGUUCGAAAUCUCUUCUUCCUCGCAUAAAGUUCCAUCCUUUUUACUGUGGGUUAGAAGAAUCAUGUCAGAUGGGUACUAUAGUUGUAAAAAGACGGACGAUAUCUGCGAAGAUGUUUGUGGUCAGGAUGGUUCACGAGCAGCGAAGGCCUUCUCAAGAGUCAGAUGCGUACUACGCGGACUCGAUUUCAAGACAUACAUCAUCUUCCUCACCAUCAUCCCCAUCUUCAUCCUCGGAGUCUACUUGCACGGCCAAAAGCUCACUUACUUCCUGAGACCCCUCUGGGAAUCACCGCCCAAGCCGUUUCAAACCCUCCCGCAUUACUACCACCACAACGCCUCCAUGGAGACACUCUGCAGCCUCCACGGGUGGACACACCGCGAGUCUCCGCGGCGCGUCUUCGACGCCGUCCUGUUCAGCAACGAGGUCGACAUGCUCACCAUCCGCUGGAAAGAGCUUUACCCUUACGUGACGCAGUUCGUGGUCCUCGAAUCUAACUCGACGUUCACCGGUUUGCCUAAACCGCUGGUUUUCGCCGCGAACCGAGAUAAGUUCGGGUUUGUGGAGCCGAGGCUGACGUAUGGGAACAUAGGAGGGAGGUUCAAGAGAGGGGAGAACCCUUUCGUUGAAGAAGCUUACCAGAGGAUUGCGUUAGAUCAGUUAAUAGGACUCGCGGGGAUUCAAGAAGAUGAUCUGUUGAUAAUGUCUGACGUGGACGAGAUCCCCAGCGCUCACACCAUCAACCUCCUUAGAUGGUGCGAUGGAUACCCUCCCGUUCUCCAUCUCCAGCUCAAGAACUACCUCUACUCGUUCGAGUAUUACCUCGAUAACAAGAGCUGGAGAGCUUCUGUUCAUCGGUACAAGCCCGGGAAGACGCGGUACGCUCAUUUCCGACGAGGGGACACUCUUUUGGCGGAUGCUGGUUGGCAUUGCAGUUUCUGUUUCAGGCGUAUAAGCGAGUUUGUGUUCAAGAUGAAAGCGUAUAGUCACAACGAUAGGGUGAGAUUCUCUCAUUAUCUGAAUCCGAAGAGGAUACAGGAUGUGGUAUGUAGAGGGACUGAUCUGUUUGACAUGCUUCCUGAAGAGCAUACGUUCAGGGAGAUCAUUGGGAAGCUGGGGCCGAUCCCUAGGUCUUACUCGGCUGUUCAUCUCCCGGGGCAUUUGAUUGAGAAUGCUGAGAGUUAUAAGUACUUGUUGCCUGGGAACUGCGUUAGGGACAGUGGCUGAUAAGGGUUUGUGCUUAUCAUCAUCAGUCUUUUUAGUGGGAGUCUGAAACAGAGAUUAGAGGGAUCUGAUAAGUGGAGUCUCUUUGGUUUCGGCAUAUCACUCGGUGAGGGUAUAUAACAAUACUGACUUCAUGUUCCCAUGUUGUUUUGGGAAGUUUUGUUGGAAUAGUCUUUCUCUCUCUAUCUCUCUUUACUUCAAAACUCUUUUCAUAAGCUCUUUUUAGUCUGUACAAUCUAUUAGUGAGUUCUUUUACAUUAUCCUCAGAUUCUUUGUAAUCUUUAUUCUUAAAAAUUCUUAAUUUGAUCUCCUAUUGUUGGUUCCUUUAAUUUAUGUUGAAGAGAGAGCUUAUACUA